AUGGCGGAAACUGCACAUAACGCUUCGUCACAGGCGCGACAGAGAAAGAAUGCAAGUACGGAUCUACACGACGAGCAGGAUGGUCAGGAGAGAGAACCAUUACAAAUAAAGAAACUAUUAUCACUUGCCGACGGAACACUUCUAAUAAUAGGAAUGAUUAUUGGAUCUGGUAUUUUUAUUUCACCAAAGGGCGUUCUUUCAUAUUCUGGUUCUGUGGGUGCAGCCCUUAUAAUUUGGGCUGCAUGUGGAAUCUUCUCUAUGUUAGGUGCGCUCUGUAUGGCUGAGUUGGGAACUACCAUUCCCAAAUUUGGUGGCGAAUACAUCUACAUCCAUGAAGCGUUUGGGGCGUUACCAGCGUUUCUGUAUCUUUGGGUGUUGAUGGUCAUAUUGAAACCGACUACCCAGGCCAUUAUUAUGCUAACCUUUGCCGAGUACGUAGUUUAUCCUGUAUUCAUUGAAUGUGAUGAAACGUCACUGCUGACUAAAAGACUCUUAGCUGUAGCAGGUAUACUUUUUCUAACUUUUGUGAAUGUUCUUAGCGUACGUUGGAGUGCUCAUCUGACCAACAUUCUAUCGUAUUCAAAGUUGCUGGCUACCUUCAUAAUCAUUAUCACUGGAGUGUAUUACUUGGCAAAAGGAUACACGGACAAUUUUGAGGACAGUUUUGCAGGAACCACCAAGUCUGUAGGUGACAUUGCAUUGGCGAUGUAUUCUGGUUUAUGGGCCUACUCCGGAUGGAAUGUUCUCAAUAAUGUUACGGAAGAAAUGAAGAAUAUUAAAAGGUACAUUCCAUUAAGUUCCACGGUACAAACGUUUGCCCAAAAGACUCUCGGUGUGAUGGCUUGGGUAAUGCCGCUCUUUGUUGCUUUGUCUACAUUGGGGGCAGCCAAUGCGUCCAUCUUUACUGCCGGGAGGGUUUAUUUUUCUGGUGCAAGAGAGGGUCAAUUGCCAGAUGUUGUUGCUAUGAUACACAUAAGAAGACGUACGCCAGUUCCAGCCAUUCUUAUCAAUUGUGUGGUUGCUCUAAUAAUGGUGCAGAUCAGCGACAUAGACACACUUACAACCUACUUUAGUUUUAUAAGUUGGUUGGUAACCGGGAUUGCAGUAGCUGGUCUUAUAACCCUACGCUGGACGAAACCUAAUCUCCCCCGUCCUAUCAAGCUUCCUAUAUUUAUUCCGGCUUUGUUUGUCGUCAUGUCUUUGUUUCUGGUAAUAGUGCCUUUCUACACGCGACCGAUUGUGUCAAGUAUUGGUGUGGGUCUAACGCUCACUGGUGUUCCACUUUACUUUCUGGGUGUACUUUAUAAAAGAAAAAGGAUGCGACUCUUGUCAAAUAUACUUGGGUCAAUUACUUGGUUAUCUCAGGUGUUUUUGGAAGUUUCAAUCACGGACGCCAGAACAUGA